AUGACAUUGACCUCAUCAAUGGCACCAAAUGACAAUUCUUUAGCGUGGACGACGAUUGAUCAUCCAACACCAUCAUCAACCAUGAUUACUUUAUCCAAAUCUACUGGAAAAUCAUUGAUUCAACUCCCUCAUGAAAUGAUGGAAUUAAUCUUUGAAUUCUUGAGCCUUUCCGAGAGUUUCAAGAUGAGGCUUUUGAACCGAACUAUUUCCUCUCAAUUCUUAACCUAUUUCCGAAGAGUAUUGAGAGAGAGAUGGCAUGAUGAGAAUAUGGCAAGUUGUUAUCCCUUGAAUGAACCUCCAGUUUCUUUAGAGAUGAUUUCUGAAACGGAGAAGAAAUUUCAUAUAAUCAUUCCGUUGAUCUUAAAAGAAUUGUUAAUGAUCACGAAUGGAAGUAAAACGAAAAAUAGAUUCCAUCUCUUACCGAUUGAAUGUUGGUAUGAACAGAGCUUUGGAGUGGUAUUUUCAGAGAAUUAUCUCCUUGUAUCGGAUGGUGUUUCGAAGAGUCAUAUCUUGGUUCGUGUGUAUAGUGAUUGCUAUUCACUGGUCAAUUUUUGGGAUGAAUUGUUUCAUUCCUUUUUUGAACCGGCCAUGAUAGAUAUUAACAAAUUGUAUGGAAAGAAGUGUUUUGAAUAUUCGGGCUUUGAAUGGUAUGAUCAGUUAGAUGUGCAUUUGAAAACCAUCCCGAAAUAUUAUGUAAAUUAUUUGGAAUAUAUGGUGAGUCCAAAUCAUGGCGAACUGAGAUAUAACGCUUCAAAAUUGGAGGAGUGUUUGAAUUUUGAGUUUUUACAAGAUGAAAAGUUUACUCGUAAGGUCGUUUCUCUCUAUUACAAGCUUGUUCGACAUUUUCCACCACAUUUGUUGAACAAUAGAAAUUAUUGCAAAAAUAUAGUAAGGGCUCAAGGAAAAGCUCUGAAAUAUUGUCCAAAAUUUAGUGAAGACAGAGAAAUUGUAUUGACAGCUGUGAAAAGCAAUGGAUAUGCGCUAAAAUAUGCACAUUUAUUUCAGAGUGAUCCAGAAAUUGUUGCCAUAGCACUCAAAACAAGUCCUCAUGUGUUGCAAUAUGUUUCCAAAUCGACACCAAACUACAAACAAUUUGUAUUAGAGGCUUUGAGAAAUAACAAAUUCAGCACUUUACCAAAAUUUUUCACUGAAGAUAUGGCACAAUGUAAGGAUUACGUAGAAGCACUGCUGGAAAAAAGUCCAAAUUUAUUGGAUUUGAUGCCAAAAGUUUGGUUUAGCACUCAAUUUUUGCUCAAGAUGAUGAGAAAAAAUCCAAAGAGCUGCAAAUACAUCUUUAAAGAAGAAAAGUCAAAAAAAAUUUCUCUUGAUAAGAGAAAUAUUAAGACAGCUCUACAACUGGAACCUAUUUCAUUUACCUACCUUUCUCAAGAUUACCAACAUGAUAAGGAGUUAUUGGACUUGGCAUUUGGAUGCAAACUUAGUAGGUCACCAGAAAAUGACACCAUUUCAAACGAAGGGUUGAAACAAAUAAUGGAUGCAAUUCAGAAAAAUCCAAAAUUAAUACGUGUGGUCUGUCUCAUGGAUCGUUGGUUGUCACCCAUGAAAGACCAAGACAUGUUGACUGAAUUCUUGCAACAAGCUUGUAAAACGGCUUUUUCACAAAAUGGUUUUUUGUUAAAGUAUUGCAUAUUUGACCGCUCUUUGCUCAUGACCAAUCAAAAAGUGAAAUUGCUUGCUAUUGAAAUUGCAUGCAAACAAAAUCCAAAAUGCAUAGAACAUCUUGACCUGGAACAAUAUUGUUAUGACGAGAUUUCGUCUUUGAUGACCAGUGUUGGGGCUCUUCCGUACUAUAGAAAUUAUUAUGACAGACCCUUCAGGCCAACAGACAAGGAGUCUUUAAUGAAAAACAUACGAAUGCCCCAAAUAAGCAUUUAA